GCGUUGUGGCAGGCUCGACUGUUUGUUGUUUUUUACUUUUUUACUUUUUCUUUGCUGGCUUUGAUUUUGCUUUUGGACCUGUUUUUACUAUCAGCUUGUCUGCUUCUCAUCUCCAAAAUAAAAGAGAAAUCUAAUCUGUCAACUCCUUUCUUCUGUAAACCUAUUUUUUUUGCUAAUCACCAACCUUCUUUUUUAAAUUCAUAAACCAAAAUGCGCGAGAUUAUUCACAUCCAGACCGGCCAGUGCGGUAACCAGAUUGGUACCAAGUUCUGGGAGACCAUUGCCAGCGAGCACUCAAUUGGCAUGAACGGGUCAUGGGAUGGAAACGCCAAGAUGAAGGCCACCCAGCUUGACCGCAUCGAUGUCUACUUCAACGAGGCUGCCAACAACCGCUACGUGCCCCGCGCCGUGCUCGUUGACCUCGAGCCCGGAACCAUAGACACCAUCCGCACGGGCAAGUUCAGGGACCUCUUCCGCCCCGACAACUUCAUUAGCGGAAAUAACGGUGCCGGUAACGUCUGGGCCAAGGGCCACUACACUGAGGGUGCUGAGCUCGUCGAUUCGGUCCUCGACGUUGUCCGCAAGGAGGCUGAGAACUCGGACUCGCUCCAGGGCUUCCAGUUCACCCACUCGCUUGGUGGCGGUACCGGUUCCGGUAUGGGCACCCUUCUGCUUGCCAAGAUCCGCGAGGAGUACCCCGACCGUAUGAUGAGCACCUUCUCGGUCGUCCCCUCUCCCAAGGUCUCUGACACCGUUGUUGAGCCCUACAACGCCACCCUCUCGGUGCACCAGCUCGUCGAGAACUCGGAUAUGGCAUUCUGCAUUGAUAACGAGGCUCUGUACGAUAUCUGCUUCAAUACGCUCAAGAACACCAACCCCGCCUACGACGACCUCAACGCCCUCGUCUCAAUGGUCAUGUCGGGCGUCACAACCUCCCUGCGCUUCCCUGGCCAGCUCAACGCCGAUCUGCGCAAGAUGGCUGUCAACCUGGUGCCCUUCCCCCGCUUGCACUUCUUCAUGGUUGGCUUUGCUCCUCUGGGCAACCCCAAGAGCGCUGCGUUCCGCAACGUCACCGUUGCUGAUCUAACCCAGCAGAUGUUCGAUGCCAAGAACAUGAUGGCCGCCUCGGACCCGCGCCACGGCCGCUACCUGGCUGUCGCUGCCAUUUUCCGCGGCAAGAUCUCGACCAACGACGUCGAGGAGCAGAUGGUCAACGUCCAGGCCAAGAACACCAACUACUUUGUCGAGUGGAUCCCCAACAACGUCAAGACCGCCGUGUGCGACAUCCCUCCCAUGGGCCUCGAGAUGUCCGCCACCUUUAUUGGAAACAACACCUGCAUCCAGGAGCUGUUCCGCCGCGUCAGCGACCAGUUCACUGCCAUGUUCCGUCGCAAGGCUUUCCUCCACUGGUACACUGACGAGGGUAUGGACGAGAUGGAGUUCACUGAGGCCGAGAGCAACAUGAACGAUCUCAUCAACGAGUACCAGCAGUACCAGGAUGCCACCGUUGACGAAGAGAUGACCUACGACGGUGAUGAGUACCCCGAGGACGCCCCCAUGGAGGAGGGCUACCCUGCCGACUACCAGGAGUAAAGCUCUCCUUUUUUUAAUGAGCUAUCUCUUAGCAAAGUCACUUUUUUUUUAGCUGCUUCUGGCCAGCAAUAACUUUUCUUUUGUUCCUGUUUACAACAAAUUUUCACAACACAAUACUUUGCAGUAACAAAAACACCAAUACACGCACAUAGGCAC